AUGGAGAACGGCGACGGGCGGCCGAGGGCCCAGCUCAUUUUAACAGGUGUUGUAGCAUUUGUUGAUGUAUGGUCAUCCAGCAGAACAGAAAACUACUCAAAAGCUUUUACCCAACAACUUCUCAAUAUGGGAGCAAAAGUUUCAAAGACUUUCAGCAAACAAGUGACUCAUGUAGUCUUUAAAGAGGGGCACUGGUCUACAUGGAAUAGAGCACAGAAGGCUGGGAUUAAAGUAGUAUCUGUACUUUGGGUAGAAAAGUGCCGAGAAGUUGGAGCAUAUGUUGAUGAAUCGUUGUAUCCUGCCAUAAAUACGAAUGAAGGUUUGCCGCAACAAAUUAGAAAGCAUAAAUGCAUGCAACCCAGGGACUUCGUUGAAAAAAAUCCAGAAAAUGAUUGGAGAUUACAAAAAAAGCUGAAGACUAUGGCUAAAGAUUUGGAUGUACAGAAAGCAGCUACAGAGAUGGAUAUUCCAGUUUUAUUAUUUGAAGAUGAUGGUUCACUAUUAUACAGCCCAGCAAGUAAAAUUAAGUAUGAAAGCAGUGCAAUGGAAAGAAGAAUAAAGGACAUGAAAGAGAAUAGAGAAAAUCUUUCCCCAACCGUAUUUUUAGCUUCACAGAUGUCUCAGGUGUCUGGUUCCAGUUCUGUUCAAGCAACACAAGAACCUGUUUUUGUUUCUACCAGUUCAACCUGGGCAUUAUCAGAAGAGAGCAAUGACCCUUUAAACUCAAGCUUCACUUACCUCUGUGGAAACUCUGAACGCAAGGGUCUUAGGAAGGAAUCUUCCAAAUCUUCAUUGGAAGUUUCAAAUACUCCUGAUGUUUCUAUAGCUGUUUUAGAAAGUUCCUUGUUCUUCACAGAUGACUGCAACCAUGUAACUCCAAAACAACAUAGUGGCAAACGUUUACGAAAAAGCCUGAAUCAGCCAAAAAUCUUGGAAAGAGAUUUUCCUAACAAAAGGGCUGAAUCUGAAAUGCCUUCUCCAGAAAACCACAGCCAUAGGAAUUAUCAUCUUCCUCAUGCAAAUAAGUUGGACUGUAGCGGUUCUUCAGAAAAAUGGAUCCAUGUGGAAAUUGCUGAGAGUUCCAACAACCACUCACGUUCAGAAAUCGGCACUGAACACUUAUCUGAUUUCCCUUCAACUAAUCUAACCUUUCCCCCAUUGAACAGUGAUUGUGCUUCUGGUUACAAACAACAACGGACACCUAAAAGGAGAUCAAGUACUAAAGUGAACACCUCAGCAUUGUGCAGCAGAGAGUCUCAGAAUGACUUUUUGAAAGCAUUGCUCACUCCUAUUGAGUCUACCAUAGAUCGAGAUUCUUCUUAUGAAGAUUACUUUUCAUCGUCUACUUUAAAUAGAAGUAAAGUUAGCCUUCCUUUACAAAGCCUGCAGAAAUUGGAGAGUCCCGGUAGAAUCGUUUACAAAUGCAGCCCUUCGCAAAGUAAGCAAGAGACAGUAUCGCAAAAAUCCAGCACAAAGGAGAAAACUGUGAGCAGAAAGAGGGAAGAAGUGGCUGAGAAUAAUGAGAAUGCUGCCAGAAGUGGCUGCAUGCAGUCUGUAUUUCCUAAUAGUAAAGAGAGUGCAACUUUAAAGAGCAUGUUACAGGGUGAAAAAGCGAACACUGUGGAAAGCCCAGACUGUCUUAACAUUCAACAAAAGAUGCACAUAACCGUUGCAAAUAGAUGCCCUCUUACAACCGGCGAUGAAAACAAAUUUUGCAUGUGUGAUGACAAAGAUGGCUCAUUGGAAGUUUUUCAUAAUCAAGUGCAUGAACCUAAUGAGAAAUUAAAAACCACUGGAAGAAUCAAAAAGCCAUUGAGAACAUUGGUCAUGACAAGUAUGUGUUCUGAACAGACUAAUGCGGUUGUUCAGGUGGCAAAGAAGUUGGGAGGCUUUCUGUUUUCAAAUGAAGUGUGUGAAAAUACAAGUCAUGUGGUCGCAGGGAGUCCCCGACGUACCUUAAAUGUACUUCUGGGAAUUGCUCGAGGUUGCUGGAUUGUCAGUUACGAAUGGGUAUUGUGGUCUUUGGAAUAUGGCCAUUGGAUUUCAGAAGAACCAUAUGAACUUUCAUUGGAUUUCCCUGCAGCUCCUAUCUGUCGAGUUCAGCACCACCUAUCAAAUAGAGAAUGUCACCAGAAGCUCUUUUCGGGUCAGCCUGUGAUGUUUGUCUCUCUUACCAGCCAGCCACCCUUUGAGAAACUCUGUGAGCUGAUUGAGCUUUGUGGAGGCAGAGUGUGCAAAACUCUCCGCCAGGCUGAAAUCUGCAUUGGCAAAUGCAAGGUUGGAAAGCAUGCAGAGAUACAAUGUUUGUCAGAAAAAUGGAUACUAGAUUCUGUCAUCCAGAAUAAGAUUUGUCCUCUGGAAAGUUAUAUAUUUCAGAACGCGGAUUAGGAAUUAAGCACUCUCGUGCUUUAUACUAUAAAUGUAAUGGCUUGAAACAUUUUAUAAAGCCAAGAAGAAUUAUUAGA